CUUUUCUCAAAUCGUCAUUUAUAUCAGAACCAGUGUGAGGGUGACUUGGUGUCCUCCAUAUUUGCGUUUUGAUAUACUAUCGAAAAUCUGAUCUUUGGAGAAGGAUUUUUUCCAGGUCGAUUUUCCACGUUUAGUUUCGCGCGUCGCGUUGGGCAGUUAGUGCGUUUAAGUUUUCUUUUUCGAGGAAAUUGCUCGAGAAUCGAAAGUGAAUUUUGUUCGCAAGGAUUUUCGACGGGUGAGGCAGUAGCAUCUCGGAUAACUCCACACAAAUGGGAAAAACUUUGAGACGAAAAGUGUGUCGUGUGUGAGUGUGCUCGCGAGUGAGUGUGUUCAGGGUGGAAAAUCAUCCCUUAAAACAACCCCCAAGAGAAGAAAACGUGGAUAGUCGAUUCCCUAGAGGUUUCUGACCAGUUGAGGAAUUCGCUGGAAUUUACGACGGAAGUGGUCCAAGUCUAGUACGUGUGUCCCCAAAUGGACAGGAUUUUGCCCGAAAAAAAGCGCGUUGCACAUGUGUGAGUGAGUGAUUGUGAAAAGCUACGUCGUCCACGUGUUUGCUUGUGUGCGUGUUUUCCACCUAGCAUCGGGAGAGAAAAAAGUUUAUGUUCAGCAAUUUUCAGCCUACAUUUUCGUCACGCCAAACCACCCCGUGGUCACCUUCUAGUUUUUCCGGAAGUUUGGUUUGCGCGUUACGCACGACGGAAGUGAGACGAUAACACAGUGUCGAUUUCCCUCCGUGUCUAGCCAGGAUACGUAAAUACACUCGGGGAAAAACCACCCGGAAGGAAGAAAUUAGUGGAUUUUGGGUACCGAAUUUCGUGGGGAAAAGCACGCGGAAAAUCGGGGAUGGUGUUGUGACACAGCGCAGGGGAAAACCGUGAGGGGUGUUGAGUGCGACAAAUACACACUGCUAUAGGCCAUUAAAAAAGGAUACACAAAAAGGGAAAAUCGCGCCUUGGAAUGGGAAAAAGUCGAUGAUUUUCGUUGUUACAUAAAGAAGGAGAUCUAAAUCGCCUAGAAUAAAUUAUUCACCGUAAACCUCAACCCCCCCUCAAACGAAACAAAAAGUGGACCUCGUCGUCGAGCCCUCAAGGAAUCUACCACCAGCAGCAACCAGCAAGAUGGGAACCGUGCUGAGCUUUAGUCCGCGGGAGCGUCGUCCCAUCUACUCGACGCACCACCACAGUGCGGGGACGCUUUCGUCCUCGAACUCGGCGGAUUUUCCGCUGAACAACUACUCCUACGAGCAGCUGAAUAAUGAAAACCGCGAGAACACCAAACCGCCGAACCUGAUACAGCCGGUGCCGAACAACAGCCACACGAACGCGAUCAAUAAUAAUAACAACAAUAACAAUAAUAGCCUGAACCUCGGCGGAAAGGACGAUGGCAAGAACAAUACGAACCGGGCGGAGGAAGGAUUCAUCGCCAACAUCAACAGCAUCAACAACAACAUCAACAGUAACAACAACAGCAACAGCAUACAGGAACGCAACCACAACAACAACAAUAACAACAACAACACGGACAAUGCUCGGAUCCUCUCGGAGAAGAAUGCCCUCGAGAAGAACCUCAAGAAGCACUCGUUGUUCAUCAACGCGCUGUCCUGGAAGCGACUGGCGGCGUCCCAUGGCAAGAAAAAGCUGGACAACCAGAAGAACAAAUCGGCCAACCUGUCGUCGGCCACGUUCCGCACGCCGCUGACCGACACGAUCCACCCGAUGGUGGACAAGAACAAGAACCUGCAGCAAUCGCAGUCCUUUACGCAGCCCAUCAGUGGCAACCACCAGCACCAGCAGCUGCAGCAGGUUCAGAUCGUCAGCGGCCAGCAGGUUCUGCAGGCCCAGCACCAGCAGCACUCGCAGCAGCAACCCCAGCAAACGGUCUACUUUACCCCCGGUGGACCGAAGGCACUGCUGGCGCUGGACCUGGUCCGGGCCAACAACACGAACCCGCUGUCGCAGCCGGACAAGCUGGCACCGAAGUUGCCGCUGCAGCUGCCACUGCCACUGCAACCGAUCAUCAACCAGCAGCAAGCGCAGCAACACCAGAGCCACCAACUCGUCCAGCAGCUGCACCACGGACACGGGCCCCGGAAAACCGUCAUUCAGGCCUCGACGUCGGAGCUGCUAAAGUGUCUGGGUAUGUUCCUGCAUGACCGGUGCCGAAAACUGCGAGACUUCCAGGCAGGGGACGCCGUGAUGUGGCUGCGGGCAGUCGACCGGAGUCUGCUGCUACAGGGAUGGCAGGACGUUGCCUUCAUCAACCCGGCGAACGUUGUGUUCGUGUACAUGCUGGUCCGGGAGCUGGUCGACGGCGAGGAGACGAAGGAAGCGGAACUGCAGGCGGCGGUGCUGACCUGUCUCUAUCUGUCCUACUCGUACAUGGGCAACGAGAUUAGCUACCCGCUGAAGCCGUUCCUGGUGGAGGACUCCAAGGACAAGUUCUGGGACAGAUGCUUGCUCAUCGUGAACCGGCUGUCGUCCAACAUGCUGCGAAUCAACGCCGAGCCGGGCUUCUUCACCGAGAUCUUCACCGAGCUGAAGGCCUGCGGCAUGAACUCGGCCAGUUCGAACCCCAACGGAAAUCUGCCGUGCGGUGCGGCUUGACGCAGCAACUCGGCUAGCAACAACAACAACGGAACCAGCACCAGCCGCCAUCCCCGCGAGGUCGUCGUCCGGCUGUCGAUCGCCGGCCAGCAGCAAAAGUACCAGCACCAGACCACCCUCCAGGAGUUGACCAGUGUAGUCUGAGCGGGAGGAUUGCGUUUUCGGGAGGACGACAACCACAACGUUUACCGUGGAACCUCUUCUACGAACACUGCAACCAACCAUCACCCUUCUUAGUUCAGCGCUCACCACCAGUCAACGACCAUGCGGUCGUUGUCAGCCCUUUAGAUCCUAGAUACGCCACUGCUGAGGUUCAGUGGGUAGUUUUAGGGUACAAAAGGCACACCCUUAGUACACGCAUGGUACAAAGUUCAGGUGAUCAUUUCCCCGUUUCUCACGAAAAGCUUAGAAAGUCACUCAUUCUACAAUUUUACAUGCUGAAACAUUAAAUAGCGUUUUUUAUAAACAGUAAUGUAUAAAGUUUAUGGUUAAAUUAGACAGUUUUCUGAUGCAGUUAACAUCGAUUUCUGGAGUUUUUUUUUUGUUUGAAGGGUCAGAUAAGCCAAAUUUUCAGUUUUAGCUUUUUGGGUGUUUAUUAAUAUCCCAGAUACAAGGUGGUUUCAAAAACACCCAAAAAGCAAAAACUGAAAAUUUGGUUUAUUGGACCUUUUAAAAAAACUCCAGAUUUUUUACAAAAGAAAUGGAAAACCAUUAAGUGGGAUUUGCCUUCUGUCAGAUGCCAAAAAAAUGUGAAAAACGAUUUCACAUCGCUUCUCUUCGAGAUGGUGAUUGAAAAAAAAUGUACUUUUAAGUUUUACGCCGACUCAAUUUUUAGGUUAGAAAUUUGACAGCUUGGCUGCACUGUUUACAUUUUUUGCACGUGUGUCUCAGUAAAAAUGUGUGUGCGUGUGCG